CGUUGAGGUUCUCAUCUCAUCUGAACAUCGCAUUUGCGUAGCACUGCAUUUCCAUUACGCUGCACAACAACAGUCAUCGAGUCUAAAGCACUUCAAGGGUACGGUCACUAUCAUUCUCUGUCACUCCAUAUCUUGAGUCAUUCCUUUGCAGCUACACACUCCAAAGCAGACUAUAGCUAGCCAUUACUUCUCUUCUCUCGCAUUACAGCAGCAAGUAUCAUAACAUCUAUCCAUUCGAGAGGCACUACUUCCUCAUCUACUUGCUUUCUUGUUUCGUUUUGUGAAGAGGGUGUCUCGGAACAUUGAGCGGCAUCGCGCGCAAUUGAGGCAGUUUCCAGAGCCCUAAACCCGAUCGGGCGGCAUACAUUCAGAGCACCCUGUUGGUGACGACCAAGCAUUCUGACGAACGUACUCAAAAUUCCACACCUAUCGAUUGUGUUGAGGGGCAGGCAUCAUGCGGGGCAUAUCGUUGUUGUCGUUCGUUCUCUUUCCCCUCAUCUCUGUACCUACCGUCUUUGCAUCAGAACAACAACCCUUCGAAUACGGCGCUAUGUCUGCACCACAGUACACUCUUCCUCCGCUGCCAUAUGCGUACGAUGCGUUGGAGCCGCACAUCUCCGCCCAGAUCAUGGAGCUGCACCACAGCAAACACCACCAGACGUACAUCACCAACCUGAACGGGCUUCUCAAGACCCAGGCCGAGGCUGUUUCAGCCUCCGACAUCACCUCUCAGGUCUCCAUACAGCAAGGCAUCAAAUUCAACGCUGGUGGUCACAUCAACCACUCGCUCUUCUGGCAAAACCUUGCACCUGCUAGCUCGAAUGAGGCCAAAACCUCUGCUGCGCCGGAGCUCGUCAAGCAAAUCAAGGCGACAUGGGGUGAUGAGGACAAGUUCAAGGAAUCCUUCAACGCCGCUCUGCUGGGUAUCCAAGGAAGUGGAUGGGGCUGGUUAAUCAAAACCGACAUGGGCAAGGAGCAAAGGCUGUCUAUCGUGACGACCAAGGACCAAGAUCCUGUUGUUGGUAAGGGCGAGGUUCCCAUCUUUGGUGUCGACAUGUGGGAGCAUGCGUACUAUCUCCAAUACCAGAACGGCAAGGCUGCCUAUGUCAAGAACAUCUGGAACGUCAUCAACUGGAAGACCGCGGAGGAGCGUUACCUAGGAUCGCGCGCAGACGCGUUCAGCGUGCUCAAGGCAUCCAUCUAAGCUAUGAAAUGG